AUGUCAUCCAACUCCACUUCUGCUUCUGCUUCUGCCCUGCUGCCUGCCAACCAGGCGCUCAUCGCUCUGAUCGCCAGACUCAAUGAGAUGGCUGAACAGGUGCUCCGGUCCCAGUCGGAGGAAGAGAAAAUGGGAUUGAGCCGGAAGAUUGCUCGUGAAGUGAAUGACGCGAUUCAUUCGCAUGGGAGGGUCGCUACCUACAUCCCCCCUCGCCUGCUAGGCGCACCACUCAACUGGCAGGAAGUCCCGGACUGGAACCGCGUUGGGCACAACCAGGAGAUGUGCAUGAAGCAUCCAUUGUAUGGUAAGACAUUGGGUGCUGCACCGGCGGUCAUCACACCUGCACCUGCACCUGCACCUGCACCUGCACCUGCACCAGCCCCAGCCCCUGCACCAGCGGUCAUCACACCUGCACCUGCACCAGCACCAGCACCAGCCCCAGCCCCAGCCUCUGCACCGGUGGUCACCACACCUGCACCUGCACCAACACCCUCAAAGACACCAGCACCAGCACCAGUCCCACCCCCAGUCCCAGGCCCAUCACCGGUGCCUGCACCUCAGCCUGUUCCAUCCUCUGGUCAGUCAUUACCAGCCCACCGUUUCAGCAUUUGCAUCCCUGGAAAUACAGCAUCCGGUGUGACCGCACCGGCUGGACCCUCCAAAUCGCACAAGCGAGAACUCAGUACUAGUCCCCCUGUGUGUCAGUUCAAGAGGGCCCGGAAGUGUCUCCUCAAGUCAAGGGAAGUCUUGUCCGACACCAACUCUGACAAGGUGAAGCUGAAGGUGAAGAGCAAAGGGAAAGCAAAGGGGAAGGGGAAAGGGAAAGAGAAGGCAAAGGCAAAGGUACCAGAAGAUGAUGAGGAUGAGGAUGAGGAUGAGGAGAUGGCGACUGAUGUUGAUGAUCUUCCAGUCAUCCAGGCAACGCCAGAAGUCGACGCGAAACCCCUCCAAACACAAGACAUUCUUGUCCUUCCACAGAACAAGGGCGCUGCACCAGAGGGAAGUGAGACGGAUGAGAUUCCGGAAGAUGAAGAUAAUGAUUUGGAGGGUGAUGAUACCCAAGGCAAGCGAAAGGCCACCAUGAAGCCGGGGAAACAACACAAACCUUCUACAUGUCCCGUGGGCAAGGACCACAGCAAGAAGGGCAAGGGCCAACAGCCGCCGGACGUUGAUGGACCUUUACCUCAUUGCGAGAGAUGCCGGUCGAAGCAUGUGCAGUGCAUCCUGUGGUUGAUGAAGAAAGGUGAGGUUGGCCUAAGUUGCACCUUGUGCCAUCUGUGGAAGAUGGCAUGCAUCAGGCCCGACCCAGUGUCCACGGACAGCACCACUGUGACCACCAUCACCCCCAGCAUCGCCGCUACACCACCUGCAAGAGCCAUCACCACUCGCUCCAAGAUGAGCCGGUCAAAGACCACUGGACAGAGCAAGACCGGUGGGCAGUCGUCCAAAGGCAAAGACAGGGAUAUUCGACAUCCCAGUCCCAUCCAAGAGGAAGAGGAUGACGAUGUCCGGAUGAUCAAUGAUGCUCCAGAAGUGACUGGUACCGGCGGUACCACACCACAACCAGCGCCUCUCACAUCGGUAGACGAUUUCCCCGCAGACCACUGGAUCGAACCGGGCACUGACGACAUGCCACCUCCACCACCGGUUAUGGCCCCAGAGGACAACAUCCGGGACUCACCCAUCCCUCCGCACCCUCUCGCUAAUGAGGAGAUGGAGGCCAUGUUGGCCCAGAUUCGCAUCGAUAUGGAGGCACUCUGGACACACGAUAGGAUGGAAGUUGACGUCCGGCAAGAUCACCUGGAGCGUUGCAUCGAAGUCGCCGAAGGAUCGGAUGCUGCCAUGACCAUGCAGAUCGACCGGAUACAGGGGGAUGUGGACGCGCACCAAAGACUCAUAACUGAGUUGUCCGUCCAACUUCAAGCAGUUGUGAGGUAUAUGAGGGGGGAUAGGUCCGAUGAAGGGACAGCAACAACCCCACCGGCAUUCAAUCCACCCCCCAUUGUCGCCAGCCCAUCCAUCAGUGCAUUCGGUCGCACGUUGACCAACGACGUCUUCACUCCGGAUGCAUCUUGGAUGAGCGCCCAGACCGGUGGUGAUCUCAUUGGCAUUGAAGACGGCUCACCGGUCGCAAGGCAAGCACGGGCGCCAUCCACUUCCACCAUCAACCCGGCACUCACCACAACAGUAUCCGGCCCAUCUGUUCCUCCGGGUGAUGCACCACCGGUACCACCUCUCAUUCUCCCAGUGGGGUCCAUGCCUUCACCUGGCACCCUUCAUGCAUUGAUCACCAGAGGGCCAUCAAAUGUGCUGGACAAUGGUCAGUCCACCUCGGCUCCUUUGUCAUGCCGACAAUAUGGACCUCUAUCCCUCCAACAUGGUCAGUCAGCGAGCACUAGGCAUGCUAAGAAGCCUUCCAGUGAUACGGAGAAGUAA